AUGUCCUUCCAAGUGCAGGAAACCACGACGAUGGCUGCAGCUUCCAAUGCCUCACACCCAACCCAAUCCUACGACCUUGUCGUUGUAGGCUUCGGCAGCACAGCACUCUCCCUCGCAACCACACUCGCAGACUCCGAAACAGCACUCAAAGUCCUCUUUCUGGAGUCCAAGGCUGCCUUCAACUGGGCACCUGCAUCAGUGUUGCCAGAAAAUGCCACACGCACGAGUUUCUUGCGUGACUUGAUCACCACACGCAACCCUCGCAGCGAAUUUACAUUUGUCAACUAUUUGUUUGAGAGUGGGCAGUUGGUGCAGUUUGUCAACUCUUCGCAUAUGGCUCCCACGCGAUUGGUGAUGGGCAACUACCUUGCUUGGGUUGCGGCGAAGAUGGAGGAGAGACAGUGGGUGAGGUACUCGAGCACUGCUACCAGAGUUGUUCCUGUCAAGAAUGGAGCUUCGCAGAUCAAUGGCUGGAAGAUUGGUGUUUGUGAUGCUCAGGGAAACACCCGCACUAUUGCUUGCAAGCGUGUUGUUUUGGCUACUGGCUCCAAGCCUAGGAUCCCCGAUGCUUUGAUGGGAGCAAAGGGUAAGGUGCUACACAUUUCUGAAGUUGGACCUCUGUUGCACAAUCUCAAGGACCAAGAUAUUGCUAUCGUGGGAGCGGAUCAAGAGGCGGCUGAAAUCUUUGAGCACUUGCAGAGUGCCGGGGCCUUGCACCGCGUGCGAGCAACAAUGUUCAUCACAGACUCUGCAUUGCGACCAGAGGACAACACUUCCUUUACCCAGGACAUCAUCGACGAUAUCCUCCCCGGCGCGACAGCCUCCCAAUACCCACCCGAACUACGCCCUCGCCUACUCUCUCCAUCCUCUACCCCUCCNCAAACCCCCAAAAUUUCCCUUCACACCAUCGAAGCACUCUACGAAAACCUCUACGCCCAACGCAUCUCAACACACAAACCAAGCGACUGGCGCUUCACCAUCACACCUCUGUCUCUUGUAACUUCCGUCAUCCCCUCUGGCAACAAACUCCGCCUCGGUCUGCAAAACACACGUACAAAUGCCACCAGCACCAGCCCCAACGCUUUCGACAUCGUCAUCGCAGCAGGUGGAUACGAGCACUCGACAUCUUUACUGCAGGACAUUGAAGCUGCUGGGUUGCUGCAGGACAAAAAGGCGGCGGUGGAUGCAGAAUACAAGCUUUCGUUCCGCAGGAAUGCCGUGGCUAAGGAUACUGGCAUCUGGGUUAUGGGAUCGCUGGAGCAAGGCUUGAGGGAUGAGGAUAUGGGGUAUGCGGUGGAGAGAAGUGGUCGUUUGUUGGCUUCUGUGCUUGAAAGUGUGGCUGGAAAUGAGGCGGUCAGAGGUGAGGUUGCCAUGUUGUAG